AUGGAACAGGUACUAGCCAAGAGAUUGGCCGAUGUGGAAGCAGUGAUGAGACGCAUCCCAGGAAUGCCGGUCCCAGCCAAGAAGAGCAGGCCCCACUAUUACGCAGAUUCACCCUUCGUGGAUGAGAUCGCCCUAGCCGACAUGCCUCAGAAGUUUACCAUCCCCAACAUGAAACUGUACGAUAGCACAACCGACCCAGACGAUCACAUAGCCUCGUACAAGCAGCGAAUGUUCACCGUCUCAAUACCCCGACCGUUGAGGGAAGCCUGCAUGUGCAAAAGUUUCGGUUCGAGCUUAUCUGGCCCGACACUCCAAUGGAAAGGUCUCCUCCCAGACGGAGAACUAUACAAAGAACUUACAAAGUUGGGUUACACCAUAAUGGGAGACGCCCUGGCCCGGGCAGUGAUCCAGAUAAGAUGGGAGGAGGAUGAGAUAAACCGGAUGAUUCACUCCAGAUAUUAUUCAAGGCGGAAUGACAGGAAGCUAGAGCAUAGGCCAGCGGAGCACCGCUACCAACCCCCAACACGCAGUUCGAGCAGAGUUAGAAAACUGUAUGAUCGCCAGCCAAUGAGAACUGAGAGCAGACAGUUCGGAUCGAACCGGUACAAAGUACCAGAGUACAGCCUCAAUGUCGAACCAACCCAAGUCAUCGCGAUUAUGAAAGGAAUGGGAUCCAUCGUUAAGUGGCCGAGCAAGCUCAACCCCGAGGCAAGGAGAGACAAGACUAAAUGGUAUGAGUUCCAUGACGAUCAUGGGCACAACGCCGGAGACUACAUCGCCUUGCGGCUAGAGGUCGCUGCACUUCUAAAAAGGGAACAUCUCCGAGAUUUGCUAACUAAUAAGGGGAAGAACACCAUUAGCCACAAAAGUUCAAAAGAACUAUCACCACCUCCGUAA